AGCCCAGCUCCUCUCCAGACAACAACUUCAAACAAGCAGGUUACAGAGCAAAACCAUUAAGAAAAAGGAUCUCCAAGGGGAUAAAGAAGGGAGGAGAGCAGCAACAAAGACUCGAACCAAGGAACACCGCGCAGGUCCUCGUUUGGGGAGCACGACUGCAGGAGACAAUGUCUGCAGACAGCUUAUCAAGCAAGGCCCUGAAGAUCAAGCGCGAGCUGGGGGAGAACACGCCCCACCUGUCGGACGAGGAGCUGAUGGGGCUGUCGGUGCGGGAACUGAAUCACCACCUGCGGGGCCUCUCCAAGGAGGAGGUGGCGCGGCUGAAGCAGCGCCGGCGCACGCUGAAGAACCGCGGCUACGCGGCCAGCUGCCGGGUCAAGCGGGUGUGCCAGAAGGAGGAACUGCAGAAGCAGAAGACGGAGCUGGAGCGGGAGGUGGACAAGCUGGCCCGCGAGAACGCUGCCAUGCGCCUGGAGCUGGACGCCCUGCGGGGCAAGUACGAGGCGCUGCAGGGCUUUGCCCGUACAGUCGCUGCCCAUGGCUCUGCCGCCAAGGUGGCCACCGCCAGCGUCAUCACCAUCGUCAAAUCCGGCACCAACCAGGCCACAUACUCCUAGUGCCCGCCCAACCCCCGCACGAACUGCGUCCUCCCUCCAUGGCUGGGCCCAGCUCUUUACCCAGAAUGGACAGCGGCUGCCCUGGCUUCUCCCACAACCCCUGCAGGAGACAGAAUUGACCUGAAGACCUUAAAACAAGUGGUCCCUCGAUUUCUCCCCACCUUGAACCAAGCGGUGGUUCAGCCCUCCAUCCGCACCCCCCUCUCCCCCCAUUAACUUGUCAAGCUGGGUGAAAAUGUUCCGACAGGAAUCUCCUAGCUGAAAUAUUCCCUCCCCGAACAAUUGUGUACUGUUAUAAAAAGUUUCCUCUUAGCUUCUCCUGCCCAUCGGUGCCCCUCCCCCCGUAUUUACCCAAGGGGCUCAGAGACCCUUCCCAUUUGUUAUUGGUAGGGGUACAGCUCCACUGAUGCCAAGAUCUGUGAGAUAAGGGGGAUGGGGGGGGGGGAGAAGAGAAUCAGGAGCCAGGCCAAGGACCUAUUCUACUUUGUCAAGCACAGAGCAGGGGAUGGGAUACCUGUCCAGAGAAUAGCCAGGAGUUGCCAAAACCCUGCUGCCCUCUCUCCCUAACUCUGGCCCCUCUAGUCCAGAUUUUCUGUUGUGGCCUCCCCCGAGGGAGAUAAACUGAAACCCUCCCUGCCCCCUUAUCAGUUGCAUUUCGGGGGUCUUCACUUCCCUAAGCUGCCACACCUUUUCAGGAAGGCCCCGAAACAACUGCUAUUGAGAGCAAAUGGCAGAGGCUCUGCUAGCUGAGUUAAGUCUGUCUUCCAGGGACUGGGCAUUAAGGGGAGCCAGGGUAGUGCUGGGGGAAAGAGAGGUUGCAGUUUAAUGGAGAGGGGGAGGAAAAAGAGAGGACAAGCGUGGGAGUGAUGGAGAGACAACAGGCUCUCUGUAGCACGUGUCAGGGCUGACUCCGCUCCUGGCCAUUCUAACUCAGAUCUGGGCUAGACAUCAGGGUGAUGAGCACACUAGAAAUACAAAGACUCACCUGCAGGGGUGAAUUUAAAUUUAGCAGCAGGGCUAAAUUUCCAAGAUCUCCUGCAUGGCAGGGAAUUGGUUUUGAGAGAGUGACCAGGAUGAGAAAAAAAGAAGGAAAGAGAGGGAGAGUAGAGACACUAGAAAGAGGAACAAAGCAAGUGAGGCAGUUGGAUAAAGUAGCAGCAGGACUAUGUUUGAAAUACUGGAGGGAGGAGAGACUGUUUCAAUCACAUUUUGUGACCACAGAAUUUAGAAGAUCUGAAAAGAACAAAGGAGGCACAGCACGUUUCGGUGCGGCCCUGGUUGUGUAACUGGGAGCUGGCACAAUUGCCAAAUGAGCUGCAGAGAUAAGCCACGCAGAAGGAAGUUGUAGUAUCAAUCUGGUUUUUGCUGGGCUGGAUCCAUUCAUACAAAAACCAGCACAGCCUGAAAAGGCAGAUGGA